AUGGCUAUCUUAUUGAUCGGUGGCACCGGAAAAACCGCCCGACGUCUGGCACGUCUGCUGCAGGAGGCCCAAAUCUCGAUAUUGAUCGCCUCGCGCCGUGCAGAAGAAAGCGGAGCCAGCUCUCCCGGCACUGAUGUCGUCCGGUUCGACUGGCUGGACCCUUCGACGUAUGAGAAUCCGUUCAAGAAUGCCCGCAUCACGGCGGCUUACAUCAUGAAUCCUAUCGUGGAGAACCCGGAUAUCUCCAUGAAAGCAUGGAUCGACUAUGCCAUUCAGAAUCACGGUCUCCGGAGAUUUGUUUUGGUGGCAGGAACCACAGCAUCCCCGGGAUCACCCGGCGUUGGGGGCGUGUGGCAGCAUUUCCUGGAUACCGGGGUCGACUACUGCGUGCUGCGUCCGACCUGGUUCAUGGAGAAUCUGACCGAUGGACCCGCGUGCCGGACCAUCAAGACCGAAGGCAAGAUCUAUUCCGCCACCGGGGACGCGCAAUUCCCUUUUGUAAGCGCGGAGGAUAUCGCGGCGGUGGCGCUUCGUGCCCUCACAGAUCCCCGUUCCCAUAACUGUGAUUAUAAACUGCUUGGCCGGGAGCUGUUGACUUACGAUCAGGUUAUUAUCCCUCCUUUCCCUCGUCCGCUUUUGUUUCUUUCCUCUGUACCAGUCGCGGCGAAGCUGAGCCAAGCUCUUGGUCGGCGGGUUGAACAUGUGAAACUUACCGCAGAUGAGCGAGUGCAGGCUUUCCUCAAAGCUGGGCUAUCGGAUUACUACGCGAAUUUCCUGGUAAAUGUCGAGACUAAGAAGGAGGACUUGGGAAGAUUCCUACAUGAAGAUGCCAUUCGGAAGGUGACGGGGAAGACGCCUAAGACUUUUGAUGAGUUCAUUCAAGAGAAUAAGGCAAUAUGGGAGGAGGCUCAACGACUCUGA